AUGAAGCACACAAGAACGCUGGAAACAGCUAACACGCUACUAAACCACUUCAUAUGUCGGCGCUGCUUGGAUAAGGCAGCGAGGUCAACGCAGGGCCAGUCAUGCAUAGCUGCUAAAUACUACCAUUCUCGAAAGCUCCAAACACCCGCGAGACCUCUACGGCCUUUUCCGAGCACGAGCGCCAUCACCAAGACGAGCCAUAUAACGAACGUACUGCCUAAUCCACGAAGACCAUUGCACACUGGAGGCACACCUCCAACAACCCUUGAAGAGCAUCAGCGAGAAGUAGAAAGAGUAGCGACAAGCGUGAGAAGUUUCUAUGACCGGAAAGAGAAGUUUCGAAUACAUCAUGGUUCAACCAACAGCACGCGGAAAUCCGCAUUGGGCAGAGACCCGAGGACGGUGGUUGAUACGAGCAGGUUAAACCAUGUCGUGAAGUUGGAUGUCGAAUCCCAGACGGCCCUGGUGGAGCCCAAUGUUCCUAUGGACAGGUUGGUAGAGGAGACGUUGAAAUACGGUCUCGUGCCACCUGUGGUUAUGGAGUUUCCUGGUAUCACUGUUGGAGGUGGAUAUGCAGGUACGGCGGGAGAGAGCAGCUCCUUCAAGCAUGGCUUCUUCGACCGCACGUUGAACAAGGUGGAGAUUGUGCUUGCCAAUGGCGAGAUUGUCACGGCAUCGGAGCAUCAGCACCCAGAUCUCUUACGCGGUGCAGCAGGAGCUGUAGGUACGCUUGGCGUGACGACUAUGGUCGAGCUUCAACUUCGCAAAGCCACCAAGUUUGUCGAGACAACAUAUCACCCGGUCUUCAGCAUGGAAGAAGCUAUUGAAAAGCUUCAGGACUUCACCUCCCGACCCGACGAUCUCGACUAUGUCGACGGCAUCAUGUACUCUCCAACCAGCGGAGCUAUCGUUACUGGCCGUAUGACAGAUACACCGUCCAGCGGCCUCUCAAUACAACGUUUCAGCGAUCCCAAAGACCCUUGGUUCUACCUUUACGUCAAAGACAAAAUUUCAAAGCACCAAGCUCCAACAUCCGACGCCAUUCCUCUGCCAGACUACCUCUUCCGCUACGACAGAGGAGGCUUUUGGGUAGGAGAAGCCCCAUUCGAUUACUUCCCCGGCGUCCCGUUCAAUGACUUCACCCGUUGGUGGCUGGACGACUUCCUCCACACCCGAAUGCUCUACAACGCCCUCCAUGCAAGUGGUAGAUCAGAGCAAAUGAUCGUGCAAGACCUCGCAUUGCCCUACGACACCGCGGCUGAUUUCGUGCGGCGGAUGGACGACAUGCUCAAGAUCUGGCCACUAUGGCUCUGUCCACUGAAGCAGAGCCCUCAACCAACAAUGCACCCUCACUACAACGCCUACGAAGCGGACGGUAAGACCCUCAAACCAAUGCUCAACAUCGGCCUCUGGGGUAAAGCGCCUCCAACCCAUGAGGGCUACAUUCAAGCCAAUCAAGCCAUUGAAGCCACGCUCCAAGACUUACGCGGAAUGAAAUGGCUGUACGCCCAAACAUACUUCUCCGAGCCAGAUUUCUGGCGCGAUUUUGAUAAACAAUGGUAUGAAUCUUUACGAGAAAAGUAUCAUGCCACGACGCUGCCGACCGUCUGGGAGAAAGUAAGAGUGGAUAUUGACGCAGAGCGGAAGGCGAAGGAGUACCAGCCUCUUUCGAAGAAGAUUCUGGAUAUGUGGCCCGUCAGUGGGCUGUAUGGGCUCAAGAAAUCUAUUGACAGUGGUGAUUACUUGCAGGCGAGGAAACCGGCCUGGAAGGAAUGGGUGCCACGAACGUAG